GUUCGGCCCGGCCUUUCUUGAUUCAUCCAAAUUUGUUUAUGCUUUUCUUCCCAAGAAAUAAAUAAAUAAAAUGCAAAAUCGGUCUAUUCGUCUUCCCCACAGCGUCAAAUCUUGAAACCUCGCCUCUAAGUUGUCCUUUACCAGAACCAUUAACGCCGAUUUGAUCCUAUUUUUACCUGCCAGAGCAUAUAGUCUUGACAGAUGACGGGCUUGAAAAAAUUUCCAAGUGGAGAUUGAUUUCGUUUAAUGGUUCAAACGAGGGGGCGAGACGUGGAAGACAACAAAUACAGAAAACGAGCUUUUUGAUACGAAUGUCCGCAUAAGGAAUAAAACAUAAAAAAUAGUUUUUUUGUGUGUCCCCAAUUUUAGUUAAAUAUUCCUUUCUUCCACUUAACACCUUCAUUUUUUCCACAUACCUUACCUUCCAUUAAAGCUUCCUUCUAAACCAAAUAUGAUUAUAUGCUUGUGACACUAAAAUAUUCAGAAAGAAGAAAAAUAAAGGAAGAAAGAAUGGCUUUCUAUACAGAGGAGGAACAAACAGAGGAUUAUCUUUUCAAGAUUGUGUUGGUUGGGGACUCGGCUGUCGGUAAAUCUAACUUGCUAUCGAGAUUCGCAAGGGACGAGUUUUAUCCCAAUUCGAAAUCAACUAUUGGGGUCGAAUUUCAAACUCAAAAGAUGAAUAUAAGCGGCAAGGAAGUCAAAGCCCAGAUAUGGGACACUGCUGGACAGGAGAGGUUUCGGGCAGUGACAUCAGCGUAUUACAGAGGAGCUGUGGGGGCCCUCUUGGUGUAUGACAUCAGCAGGCGGCAGACAUUCGAGAGCAUCGGGAGAUGGUUAAAUGAGCUCCAAACUUACUCGGACAUGAAUGUGGUGACGAUACUCGUGGGAAAUAAGUCUGACCUAAAAGACGCGCGCGAGGUCUCGACUGCCGAUGGAAAAGCCCUAGCCGAGACAGAGGGUUUGUUCUUUAUCGAGACCUCGGCACUUGACUCGUCAAAUGUGGCUGCAGCCUUUCAGAUGGUGGUGGGUGAGAUUUACAUUAUCUUGAGUAGGAAAGUUAUGCAGUCUCGGGAGCUUGAGCAGAAAGAACCCGACUGGUUGGCUAAUGGCAAAACCGUGGUUUUGAAGGCCGAUGAUGAGAGUGGGAAAGGAGGAGGAGAAGGAGGUGGAGACGAACAGAGUAAAAAGGGAAGGUGUUGUUCGANGAUCACUUUCCAAUUUUUCGAGAAAAUUGAGUCUUUUAAAUGA